UUAUAAUUACCCCAUUAAUUCCUGCGAUUUUUACAUUUACCCCGAGCAAUAUAUAUAUGUGCCGAUUUGGUCGCCGAGAAACACAACAAAUCCAGAGAAGUAAAUAACUAAAAUAUCAGCAGCAAAACAAUGGUGAACUCGCUAGGGCCACACCACUCUUCUUCUUCUUCUUCUUCUUCCUCCACCUCUCGAUCGGGCCAGCGUCCCGCCUCGGGAUUUGCUAGGCUGCUCUGGACCAACUCCUCCUCCUCCUCCUCUGCUCGCGCGCCCGUGGAAAAAUGCCGCCUCCGCCUCCCCGCCUGCUGCUCUACUUAUACCUGCCACUCGCCCUCCCGCCUAGCUAGGACCAUGUCGGCGAGCGCCAUGGAGGACCUCCGCGCCAAGAGCAUGGCGUGCGCCGGGGUCGGGGGCGGGGAGGCGUCGUCGUCCGCAGCGGCCAGCGCCGCCGCGUCCAGGAUCAUCGCGCAGUGGGCCGCGCGGCGCCGGCAGGCCUGCGAGCAGAUGGUGCUCGGCGGGCUCGACCGCCGCGACCGCGACUCGGAGCUCAUGGCGCUCGCGCGCCUCCACGCCGUCUCCACCAUGCUCGACGCCUCCUCCUUCCUCCGCGCCCGCGCCGACGCCAACGACGACGACGACGACGACGGGAGGCGCGCGCGGUCGCCGGAGCGCGCACUCGUGCGGCGGAUCGCGCGUGAGUGGACGGCGCCCGCGCCCGCGCAGCCGCAGGGCUCCCCGCGCGGCGGCAACGACGGCGGCGUAGGCGAGGAGUGGCUGGGCGAGACGGAGCGCGAGCGCGUGCGGUCGGUGCGGGAGCGCGUGCGCAGGGCCAGCCAGGGCGGCGACGGCGGGGACGGCCACGCGCCGGGGCUCCGCUGGCGGCAGGCGCGCGCGCCGACCGCCGCCAGGCGCAUGUCCAUGGAGCGGCUGCGCGAGCUCCAGGGCCUCUCGGAGCACCGCGCUGUGUCCUCCUUCGCCCACCGCGGGCGCAUCCAGUCCAUUCUGCGAGGCAGAAUCAUUGGUGGUGGAAGGCCUACGCGGGACGACGUGACGAUUUCUACGGCAGCCGGAGAAUCGGGACAGAUUACACAGAGUCGUCCUGGAUCUGGAGCAGAAAACAUCACCAGUGAUCAAGCAACUCACCUGGAGAAUGCUUCUGCCAACCAUGAGAUCAUCCAGACGCUUCAGCCAGCACAAGAUCAGCCCGACAACGUACCAAACACCAGUGAUGCUCUGCAGGAUGGCCAGCUUGAUCAGGCACAAGACAUGCACGGGUACCAGGAGUACUCGUCGGACUCGGGGUCCUCGGCGCAGAGCGGCGAGCACUCCGGCUCUUCCUCCGACGGCAACGGCAGCGCGCGGCAGGAAGCCAUAGCUUACGUGCAGCCUCCACCCAGUGUGCAGUGGCCAGGGGAGACAUCGGGAUCGGGUGCUAGUGGCCAGGAAGCAGAGGAGGAGGAGGAGGAGUGGCAUGUCAUUGAUAAUCCAGAAGCUGAAGCACAGCAAUGGCGGCCGGAAGAUCUAGGCGGCUUCGCUCGGCAUAACCGUCUCCAGGAAGACGCGCUCUACGGAAUGUACAGGGCUGAGCUCAGAGAACUCCUAAGCAGGCGCAGCGUCUCCAAUCUGCUCAGCAGCGGCUUCCGCGAGAGCCUGGACCAGCUCGUCCACUCGUAUGCUCAGAGGCAGGAGCAUGACCCUCCAGCUCCACUCAACCAAGACCAUGUUCAACACCAGCGGAUCGGUGGAUCAGACCGGGCCGAGCACGCCGCCGCCGGUGCGCAGCCUGCCGCCGGCCAAAGGCAGCAGCGGCGCUGGCGGAUGGUGCCGCCUCGUCGUGACUGGAACCGGCAACCUGUGCACCGCCCAGAUGAACUUGAAGUUGAUGAGGCCAUCCACGACCUGCGGGACGACAUGGCCGUGCUCCAGCGCGGGAUGGCCAGCACGCAGCAGAUGCUGCAGGCGUGCAUGGAGAUGCAGGUCGAGCUGCAGAGGUCCAUCCGGCAGGAGGUCGCCUCUGCCAUGCACCGCUCUCUGUCCCUCCAUGGGACAGUUAGAUGGUACGAUGAUGGAUCACAGUGGGAGCUGGUGAGGAAAGGGACCUGCUGCAUCUGCUGCGACAGCCAGAUCGACUCGCUUCUCUACAGGUGUGGGCACAUGUGCACCUGCUCAAAGUGCGCCCGCGAGCUGCUCCGCGGGGCCGGCAAGUGCCCGCUGUGCCGCGCGCCCAUCGUCGAGGUCGUCCGGGCUUACAGCAUAAUCUGACAGGUCUUUAUAUAGAACAGAAGGAAAACAAGGAAGCAAACAGAAGCUGUCUACUAGAGGAGAGGAGUGUUUUAGUCUGACUGGAACUGGAAGGACAAGGGUUAUGUGCUCGCUAGGGGUUUUGCAAGUUUCUGAAACUAGUGUCGAAUUUCUCCAUUGCUUUUUCCGUGGCCUCCAUUACCAUGCCGAUGUGCCAUCAUACAAACUUUUAAUCCAAUUACAUUGUAAUGCAAUAAAUUAUCAAUGAGAUUAUUCUCUAGAAACUUUUAAUCCAAUAACAUUGUAAUAAUGCAGUAAAUUAUCAAUGAGAUUAUUCUCUAGAAACUUUA